ACAGGUAGCUGGCGAGUGUCUUCCCAGGGUCACGGAUGGUUUUUUGUCAGCCCAUUCUCUCUGAACACGUUUCUCCGUGAUGCUUCCUGCCUCUCGAUGGACUCCUGAAUUUCCAGCUCUCCUUGGCUGCACAGUAUCCGCAGUAUCGGUCCGGCUGCGUAAAUGAGUAUGGAAGAUUAUGAUUUCCUCUUCAAAAUUGUUUUGAUCGGCAACGCCGGCGUGGGGAAGACCUGCCUAGUCCGACGCUUCACUCAGGGGCUUUUCCCACCAGGUCAAGGAGCCACGAUUGGGGUUGACUUUAUGAUUAAAACUGUGGAGAUCAAUGGUGAAAAAGUAAAGCUGCAGAUCUGGGACACGGCCGGCCAGGAGCGGUUCCGCUCGAUAACGCAGAGCUACUACCGCAGCGCCAACGCGCUCAUCCUCACCUACGACAUCACGUGCGAGGAGUCCUUCCGCUGCCUGCCCGAGUGGCUGCGGGAGAUCGAGCAGUACGCCAGCAACAAGGUCAUCACCGUGCUCGUCGGUAAUAAGAUUGAUUUAGCUGAUAAGAGGGAAGUCUCGCAGCAAAGAGCCGCCGAGUUUUCCCAAGCACAAGACAUGUACUAUCUGGAAACCUCUGCAAAAGAGUCGGAUAAUGUGGAAAAACUCUUCCUGGACUUAGCUUGUCGGCUCAUCAGCGAGGCACGGCAGAACACCCUCGUGAACAACGUGGCAUCCCCGCUACCCGGAGAGGGGAAAAGCAUCAGCUAUUUGACUUGCUGUAAUUUCAAUUAAAGAGCUGGCAUCUGAUUCCCCGUCCCCCAUGGGCCAAAAGGAUUUUUUUUUCUCCUGGGAUUCGUCUCCUCGAAGGGAAUUGCUGCCACGUUGACCCAUCUGACUUGCUCUCAAGUCAGGUUGCAGACCUAGAAGCAUGGCAGGCUGACAGCUCCAGCUGCAUGGCAACAUAGCAGAAUAUAACGGGGUUUAAUUUCAAGUUUUUUGCGGUCUCUGGAGUUGGUUAAGAAGAGUUGCGCGAGGUGCUUCAUGUAAAGGAGAACAUGAGCUGUGGCAUUUCCUUCUGCAGGACAGUAGCACAGCCUCUCGUGAUGAAGAUACCGAAAAGUUCAAAAUCUCUCUUACAGAACAAUGUGUUUGGUCCUUUUUUUAAAAAAAGAAAGAAAAAAGAAUGAACAGCGGCGCUGGACUGUCCUGGCAAUCUGCUGGGCUGCCAGCGAGUUCUGAGGACAUGUAUAUAGAGUCUGUCCACACRUCUUCUUGGAGGACUCUGGCGUCUGAAGCAGUGUUAUGUCUCUCAUCUAUAGGCACUUUCAUGAACAUGAAAUUAAAAAAAAAAAAAAGUUAUAUAUAUCGACAUUUUCAAAAAAUGUUUUGAGAAGAGAUAUGGAUACAGCUCCCUUGCUCCCUUUGGUGCUAGCAGUUCAGCAAAUAUUCCGUAGACCGAACGUAGUCUUACUACAUUGCUGUCCUCUGAAUGUGUAACUUAGAAUAAUUAGGAAAAAUGAACACUAAUAAGCACUGUUCAUUAAAAAAAAAAAAUCUCAUUACCUCUUUUUCUAGCCUGAACGUAGUGGGUAAGGACUACUGUGCUUUUUUGAUAUCCAGUAUAGGAUGAAAGGACUUUCUGGAAGCAAAAAGAAAAAUGAAUAACAAAUCUUCCCCCUCCCUAGUUAGUAAUGUCCUUAUGUGAAAAAGUAGCUUUGGGAAACUUUGUUACUGGAGUUGGAAAAAAAAAUGCACCAGAUCUGUCCAAAAUAUCGUGUGUGCAUUGAUUGUAUAUAAGGGUUCAAAGAGAGCACAGUUUUAAAUGGCCAUCUGCAAUAUGUCUGAGUAAAUCUAAAGCUUGUASAUAACCAUUCUUGUUGAAAAGCAGGCAUACAGUUUUAUAGAGUUUUUUUAUGCUAAGUGGGAAUAGCAACAGGUUUUGAGUGGAAUCAUUCUGUGUCUAACUCAUCCUGCAAUCGCCAUAUGGAGCUGUACCCUGAGAAGCUCUUAAAGGUAUUUUCUUGGCAUCUAUUCUCUUUAGAGUAGCUUUCAGAUUCAGGGUUGUAGAGUCAUUUAAUUUACCCGAUGCUUUGUACUCUUGCAUUUCAGACUCUGGUAUAUGUAUAACCGUUCAGGCAAUUUCUUUCUACAAAACCCCCAAAGUGGAAGCAUUUAUGGAAUUUGUUACAUUUUUACACCUCUAGUGCUGUCUUCUAAUAAUGCAUCACAAGUGCACGUGUUGGCACUAGAGUGAAGUUGGAAGACAGGGGAACACGCACAGGAACAAUGUUUUUUUAAAGUUUGAGAUCAGUCUAGCUAACCUGGAUUGAAUUCUGACAAUUAUAUGGCUGUGAUAUUCUAUAAUUUCAAAUUAAUCAGCUUAAUAUCAUUUGGCACCUACUGAUGRUUAUAACUGAGCUUUUGUAUUAACCUAAAAAGCUGCCAGUAAGUAUUUCUUUAAAAUAAAACCCAAGCAUUUUCAAAUGCUUUUUUUUUUUUUUCCUCGUUUUUGUAGAAAAUAAAACAAACAGAUUCUUUGGGCUAUAUAAUUUUGUGCCUUUGAUCUUCAGUGAGAACUGUGUGUUUGAGAGAGAGGAGAGUAGUGUAAAAUGUGACCAUUUUAAUGAAUGUUUCCUUGCCAUUGUUUAAGUCACUUCCUUCUUUUAUAAGUAGCACUCAAAAUGAAAUGUAGAAGUUGUGGUUCAAAAGUUGUGUGUCACUUAGGUAACGUUUUGUAAAGUGCUGCUCUAAGUGUUAGGUGUUGGGGAUGUGGCACACUGGCUUUUACUGGUUCUUUUCAGGCUUGGCUUGUGCUGUAAGCCAGAGAUUUUAGAAGCAUUUGGGACGUCCAACUCUGACAGACUCCUGCUCUGAAUGAGCUGAUUCUCUCCAGCUCUUAGGUAGGCAGGUGUUCAAAACAGAACUUGUGAGGUUAUGUAUAAAGGUGGUACUGGAGCUAGAAAUCAGUAUUUCCUAUAUUUAAUUUGUAAAAGUUCUUGCUCUCCAGAUGUUGGGCUUGUCAGAAAGCAUAAAACUAAUAAUGUUUAGGUGAGACAACAGCAAAUUUAUGAUCCACAGGAGGAAAGACAGGGAUAACCCAGCCUUUAAGUGUUCAUUUUUCUGGACGGGCAGCACAUGCAGAAGCAGAUCUGUGAAAUACAGACAUCUCCCUGGUACAGCUUUCAUGACUGGAUGACCUUCCUGCAGCUUAAGACCAGUGCGAGUAAAUUUGACUUAAGCAUAUGUUGCUAAUGAAAACUGGAAUAUUGCAGAAAUAUUUUUGAGCAGCACUGAAGGAAUCAUGUGAAAACACCAUUGAGAGGGGCACAAAUGGAAAAGGAGUGAUGAKCACAGGCAGAAACUUGAUACUGAGCUGAACAGGUACUUUUCAUUCCUGCUGAGUGCCAUUGGAAACGCAUUUCAACAUGAUCCUUGCAUCACCUCUGAAUAUUGAACACUAAUGCAUCAUGAUGAGUGAACAAGCUGAAUUGAUCAAAUAGCAGUAAUUGCUCACUUUAUUGCUUUGAAUAUUCAUGCCAAGGUUUCCAGAAGUCUCUGAUUUUCUAUACCAGCUGCCUCCUGGUUGGCAGGUGUCUAUUCUGUCAGUAGCAAAUCUUCCGAGUCUCCAGGCGGGGAUGUGCUUCUCCAGCGGAUUGAUGUAGCUAUAAGGUGACUUCUCCAGGGACAAAUCCCAAAUCUGUCUCUCAAAACUUAUUCCGGGCCUGAGUGCUUUAAAUCUAUUAGGAGUUCUUACAGGGCAGAAAGGAAGCAGUGGUUACACGUUCAACAUUUUAUAAGGUCAUAAGCCCAAGCUGUAGUUUGAAACUUGCCUGCAUCUUUUCAGUUAACAAAUACUAGCUGUUGAAUAUUUAAGUGAUGUUUUGCUCUGAUAACUCUCUUGCAGAAAUUAUUUCUAUACACCUUGAAAUUUUAGUGCACAGGACCCACUUCUCCUUGUGGGUUUGAGGGCUAAUCUUCUGUUCUGCAAUCUGGUCCUUUGCUGAGGGCUUUGCAACCAGAAAGAGGAACUUUAUCAGCUGCAAAGGACAAUUUAACGCUGCAGUGCAUUGCUCAAAGAGUUGAAAAAUAGCAGGAGAUUAUAUAAAAAAGUCCCAAUUUUAUGUUAAUAGUAUCUCCAUUUAUGGCAGACACAUUCUAGCUAGAUAAAUGGAUUUUUGCAAGAGAACAGUCAGUAAAAAGUGUGACGCUUGCUGGGUGAAGGGCCCAAAAGCUAUGCAGAAUUGACACCAAAGGGCCAAACAUAACUGGAAAUGUUCCCUACCAAGAGCAGUGUAACUUACAGCCUUUAGUGCAGUUACUAGAUUUUGCUUUGUUUUUCAGGGCAAUAUAUUCACAGUCGUGGAAUAAUCUUAUUUCUGGAUGCACAUUUCUUUUAUUAGAAAUUUAUUUAUUUCUAUAAUGGCAUCUUCUGUUCUUUAAACCUCUUGACACAAUGACUAGCUCCAAGUGAAGUCAGCAUGCAUGUCAACAGAUGUUUGCAGAUGUAGCAGAGAGAUUGGUAAAGGCAUCUCCUCAAAAUUAGGGGAUCUAAGCUCUGCUUUUUCAGAUCAGGUACUGAUUCCAUCAGGCUGAUCUUGGAUGAGCCACUGCACGUUGUAUGUCUGCAAAGCUCUCUCUCUAAAUGUUUUUUUGGUCAUUACUCAAUAAAAACACGACAAAUUAUCGGUCAGGAUGCUUGGAUUUUGCUGUGGAAUGCAUGAAAAAACUCUUAAUCCCGUUAGUGCUGUUCAUCUAUGGAAGAGGCCCUGCCGGUUAAAGGCCACUCUACAUAGAGGGGUUAAUGGCUAUCGAAUUCCUUCAGCAUCAGCAUUAAUGGCAGUAGCCUGAGGUUCACACUGCAGACGAUGGUUUGGAAAGAGGGAGAGUGGAAAGGAGGGAUUCGGCAGCAGAGUGGGUGCACACGGGUAGGACAGUGGCCUUUCCUGGGCUUUUACUGACAAGGAGGCACUUGGUUGUAGUCAAAACUCCUGGGUUUUGCAGUGUGCAUUAUCCCUGAGGACUGCUCUUUGUUCAGCUGCUUUUCCACUUGUCCUCUUUUCAGCAUGCAGAACUGUCCAUAGUUCCUGCUGAGAUACUGAGCCGGUAGAAUUCUGUGUUUGGAGACUGAUUUCGUUUAGGAAAUGAGCAAAAUUAUCAACUGCAAUGUCAGAGUCAAUGUGCAGGACACACUGCCCUGGGGAGCUCUGGUGCUAUCAGGGCAGAUAUGACUGUGAACAUGAAAACAGCAGCCCUCUCAUGGCUAAUUGCUGAUUUUGUGUGAUUUCUCUGGAUUUUAGUAAGACAGGCGUUGAGUUUGACUUUCAUCUGAUUUCCCUAGGAUUCUGUUCUUCCAAUAUCAGGGUAUCUGAUAUCUCUCAUAGGUGUUGCUCCUGUAAACAUCUUUAAAGCAGAAAAACGUUUUGAAUUUAUUCAAUUAGAGAAGUUGAUGCUGGUGGAAGCCUUGUGAAUUCCUUGUGAGCGAAUGGGAGAUUUUCCUAAAUGUUGAUGGGUGAUGGUAGAUCAGGAUUUGUGUUGGCUAGGAAAACAGGCAACGGGGAUAUCACCCUGGGCUGGAUUCAUGAUGCAGGAUGAGUUUAACAAGGCUCUAAGUGUUGUCAGUGGAAGAUUGUCCUGGUUUUAAGAGGGUAGCCAGGGUUAGGAGUCCAGCUCAUCAGGAGCACAGGACUGGCUGUGCUGUGUCUCUGUUUUGUUAUUAAUCAUUAGUUAGUAGCAUUUGCUGGAUGUGAUCUAUUUCUUUGAAGUUCUCCUUUCCCAGCAAGGUUGGAAAAUGUUUUUGCACUGUGUGCUGUGUCUGGACACCAACCUCAGAGCUGCUCAGAGCUGGCGAAUCCCAACUCUUGCUUGAAUCCGGUUAUUCCUGGUGCUGCCGAUGCCUCGCGGUGGCACUGGCAUCAUGGCGAGAAGGGGAACCAAAGUUCCGUGGAGGCCUCAGGCUGGAGAUGGUCCUGGCUGGCUGGGUGAACCGCUAGAUCUGACUYCUGCAUUAGCUAGGAGAAGCGUCAGCUCAUCUCCUGUGCUGCCUCCGAUUUCUUACUAAGAAACCUCUUCUCAGCCACUGUAGGCCGUAAAGAGGGUUUCCAUUUUUGAAGGACCAGCUUAAGAGGUUCAAAUGUUAACCGGUGGUUUGGGGCAAGUGAGUAGGUUACCAAUAUGCAGGCAGGCUCUGCUCUCAAUCCAGUUACUUUUGCCAAACGAUGAGAAGAGUCAUCCUGAGCUGCUGCUUUUGUAGUGCUGCGAAUAUCUCUAAGGGCCUGAGCUACCUCAUUGGCACUAGUUUUAGUAAAUGUGAUGGUCUCGGUGUCCCCAGCAGCCAAGCAGUUAUGGGGGAAGUGGAGGAGAGGGGGAGGUUGGUUUGGUGUUUUAAUGGAGUGGGAGUGAAAUAUUUGGUUUAUGACAGGGAGAGCAGCAGUGGAUUCAGGCUGUUGCCUCCGCUCUUGCAGACCUUUUGGAAGGAAGUCUUACAAAGAAGGAAAUAAAUGAAGCUGCUUAAGCCAUUUUAAGCCUACAUUGUGGGGAGAAGGAGAAAGGGGACAGGGAAGGGCAUCUAAUGAGACGUGUGAGGGAGCUACACAAGGAGCUUGCUGCUCUGUGGGUUUUGAGCCAUGAGUCUGUCUCUGAGUAUUACAGAAACUGUGUAAAAGGUGCCAUGGGUUUUUAGCAUAACAAGAUGCAUUGCAGAUAUGUCACAUCCAUUUCAUUACCCACAGCUGCUUGCAAAAAAAAUAUAUAAAAUUAAAUGAAAAAARGACAGGAGCAGCUGCAGUCACUCAGCUGUCAACGGCACCAGGCUCUUGCUGUUCCUUUCCAUUCCUGCUUCCCCUGAGCUGCUGCACGUAUUUGGUAGCUCUGUGAAUUUGCAGAUCAUGACAUUUUUUUCCUGACUGCCUUUGAUCAAUGCAGCUCUCCUUUGAACUCAUUAAUAUUUCCAGUAGGCAAUUUUAAUUUUGUGUUUACUGACUUGUUCCCCUUUGUAACGUUAUCUGACAAGUUCUCCAUAUUCUGUGCUGCCUUUAGGUUGCUACAUCUAGUCUAAAAUAUUUUUGCUUUCCUGAGAGCURCAAGAAAUUCUAGAGAUUUAUAAAGG